GGGUUGAGUCACGCCUACAUCGUUGCUUUUAAAGGGAGGAAGAAGCCGCUAUUUCCAACAGUUUUGAUGCAGGUUCUGGGUUGCUAAGUCUUGCGAAUGGAGCUGCUCCCAGCCCUUAUGUUACUCUGUGCGUCUGCUGCACGCUCUGUAGCCGUCUCCCAUGGGUGCCCCGCAGAGUUUGUCAAAGUGACCGGGGUUUGGAAGUCUACCUGCUGCUCCAAGUGUCCGCCAGGCACCUUUAUGAAAGAAGAUUGUACAGACACCUCAGACUCUAUCUGUGUGCCAUGUGAAAAUGGAUCGUACACAAUGGAUUGGAAUAAUAUGUAUUUUUGUUUCGGAUGCACUAAAUGCAGUGAUGAAGGAGUGAGGUAUAAGAGAAACUGCACAACAACCUUAGAUGCCCAAUGUGAAUGCAUCGAGGGUUACAGAUGCACUGACGAAAAUUGCAGGCUAUGUGUUCGGAAAGGUAAGUUUUAUUAUGAAUUCUUUAAGAUAGAAAAUUGAGUACUGCAGCUAAAUCAAAUGAUUGUAACCUCGUUCAUGAGUGAUGGCAAUUUGCUCUUCAUUGAAGAUGGUUAUAUUUUCCACUUGUUGCCCUGCCCAAACCACUAUGAUGCUGGUGUAGCUUUAAUCACCAGAUGAUCUUCUGCUUUACUUCUUUGGCAUCUUCUCCUCU